CUAUAACUGUUACUGUAACAUUCACUCUUUAAUCUUUAUUUGUAAACAUUAAAUUCUGUUUGAAUUAUAAUUGGAUAAUUGGACUUUCUUUGCAUUUAUUUUCUUUAAAAAUCAACUCAGAUAUGCUCGAAAAUAGUGGCUAUAAAUUUUGGAGGGAAAAAUUAGGGUCGCCGCGAUUAAUUUUAGCUCCAAUGGUUGAUCAAAGUGAACUCGCGUGGCGUGCUUUAGGCCGUAAAUACGGCGCACAGUUGUGUUUCACACCAAUGUUACACGCUUCAGUUUUCGUGAAAGACCCUCGCUAUCGAAAAGAAAAUUUAUUGUCUUGCCCUGAAGAUCGUCCUUUGAUUGUACAGUUCUGUGCGAAUGAUCCAGAUACUUUUGUGGAAGCUUGUAAACUGGCUGUGGGCCACUGCGAUGCUGUGGAUUUAAAUUUAGGAUGUCCUCAAGCUAUUGCACGACGGGGUCAUUAUGGUGCCUUUUUACAAGAAGAAUGGGAUCUUUUAAAAGAAAUGGUUUCACGAGUCCAUAAAGAAGUUAAUAUUCCUGUUACAUGUAAAAUUAGAGUUUUUCAAAAUAUUCAACGCACAAUCGAAUAUGCUCAAAUGCUGGAAGCUGCUGGUUGUCAAUUAUUGACGGUUCAUGGCAGAACUAAAGAACAGAAAGGCCCUCUUACUGGUUUGGCCAGUUGGGAGCAUAUCAAAGCUGUAAAGUGCAAUGUUAAAAUUCCAGUGUUUGCCAAUGGCAAUAUUCAAAAUUUUGAAGAUGUUCAAAGAUGUUUUAAAGAAACUGGUGUAGAUGGAGUAAUGAUUGCUGAAGGUAGUCUCCAUAAUCCUGCAUUAUUUCAUGGAAUCAAUCCUACGGUUUGGGAAAUGUCUUUGGAGUAUUUACAUUUUGCCAAAUUAUAUCCUUGUCCAAUAUCUUAUGCAAGAGGGCAUAUAUUCAAACUGUGCCAUCAUUGUCUUAUCAUGGAAGAAAAUAAAGAAAUACGUCAAAAAAUAGCUACUGCCAUCAACAUAGAAGAAUUCAUUUCUGCUGUGCUAGAGCUAAAGGAUAAAUAUGAAGCUAAAUUAUUGACAGAUGCUUCGGAUUUAUUGGAAAAAUAUGGUCUUCCAUAUCCACCUUGGAUAUGCCAACCUUAUGUUAGACCACCACCUGUUCAAGGAGCUCCUAAGCAAAUUGUUGAUAAACAAAAAACGUGUUCUGAAGAUCCUUCUUCAGGAGAGAAAAGAUCUAUUUCUGAAAGUGCAAUAUCUAGAAAAAAAAUGAAGAAACUGCAAAAAAAUCCUGAAAAACAAUUUGGUGUUAAAAAAUUUACCUUUGAGAAGUGUGAGAAUUGUCUUAAUCCUAAGGGUUUAAAGUGCUCUUAUCAAUUGUGUAAAGCGUGUUGCAGGAAAAAAACUUUUAAUGAGCUUCUGGAUUGUGUUGGUCACAAGCUUUUGUUUUACACAAAAAAGAAGAGCCGGGAAGAAAAUUUAAUUGCAAAAGAAAUAUCUGCGGCAGAUAAGACAGCUUUGAAUGCUACAGUUAAAGAAAAUAUAAAUAUAUCGGUGCAUAAUCCUGUUUUAUGACCAAAAUGGAGCAAUUAUUUAUAAGAAAAAGUUGUUUUAUCUUGUUAUUAAAAUUUACAUUUAUUUA